AUGCUGGUGAAGAAGCAAGCAGGGAAAGGAGGGGGGCGGGAGCCGGGCUCCGAGGACCGGAGCCCAGCCGGGCAGCGUUGUGCCCGGACCGUGUCCCCGUGCGCCGCCCUGGCCGCCCUCCUGUCAGUAGUGGCCGUGAUGUCUUGUCUGUACCUGGGGGUGAAAACCAACGACCUCCAGGCGAGGAUCGCCGCCCUCGAAUCCGCCAAAGGAGACCCUUCCAUCCGUCUGCUGCCCGAUUGUCUGGAUCAGCUCAAAGCAAUGGUGCAAGAGAAAGUGGAGCGACUUCUGGCUCAGAAAUCCUAUGAACAUAUGGCUAAAAUAAGAAUCGCAAGAGAAGCACCUUCAGAGUGCAACUGCCCAGCAGGCCCUCCGGGGAAACGAGGUAAAAGGGGCCGAAGAGGAGAAUCUGGUCCUCCUGGUCAGCCUGGUCCUGAGGGCCCUCCUGGUCCAAAAGGUGAUAAGGGAGAACAGGGUGAUCAGGGACCUCGGGGUCUGCCAGGCUUCUCCACAGUUGCCGCUCUGCACAGUAAUCAGAUCCUCACCGUCAAGGGUGACCAAGGACAGGCUGGGCCUCCAGGCCCUCCAGGACCUCCAGGCCCACGAGGGCCUCCUGGAGACACAGGGAAAGAUGGCCCCCGAGGAAUGCCAGGAGUGCCUGGUGAACCAGGGAAACCAGGAGAACAAGGCUUGAUGGGUCCUCUGGGGCCUCCAGGACAAAAGGGUUCUGUUGGAGCAUCUGGAAUUCCAGGGAUGAAUGGGCAAAAGGGUGAACCCGGGUUGCCUGGAGCAGUAGGACAGAAUGGAAUACCAGGGCCAAAGGGAGAACCUGGAGAACGAGGAGAAAAGGGAGAUGCUGGAGAGAAUGGCCCCAAAGGUGAUACAGGUGAAAAGGGUGACCCUGGAUCGUCCGCUGCAGGAAUUAAGGGAGAGCCCGGAGAAUCUGGUCGUCCAGGGCAAAAGGGUGAACCAGGGCUUCCUGGGCUUCCUGGACUUCCGGGGAUAAAGGGAGAACCAGGUUUCAUUGGUCCUCAAGGAGAACCAGGCUUACCAGGGUUACCAGGAACAAAGGGCGACCGUGGGGAGGCAGGGCAUCCUGGAAGAGGGGAUCGAGGGGAGCCUGGAGCCCCUGGACCAAAGGGUGACCGUGGAGACAAAGGGGACUCUGGAGCCCUGGGACCAAGGGGUCCACCUGGUCAAAAGGGAGAUCAAGGAGCCACCGAGAUCAUAGACUACAAUGGCAACCUCCACGAAGCCUUGCAGGGUCCCCCUGGACCACCUGGACCUCAAGGACUACAAGGGCCAAAGGGAGAGCCAGGAUCUCCAGGAGUCCCAGGAGUUGAUGGAGAGCAGGGUCUCAAAGGUUCAAAGGGAGACAUGGGGGACCCAGGUAUGCCAGGUGAAAAAGGAGGAAUUGGACUUCCUGGAUUACCGGGUGCCAAUGGAAUGAAAGGAGAAAAAGGAGACUCGGGAUUGCCAGGUCCUCAGGGUCCUUCCAUCAUAGGUCCACCAGGCCCACCAGGUCCCCAUGGCCCACCAGGCCCCAUGGGACCCCAUGGACUUCCUGGACCAAAGGGUGAACCAGGGUUAAAUGGUGUUAAAGGAUUGAAGGGUGAACCAGGUCAAAAGGGUGACAGAGGACCCCUUGGUCUUCCAGGAGCAUCUGGCUUAGACGGAAAGCCAGGAUCCCGGGGUACAGAUGGCCCUAUGGGACCCCAUGGCCCUGCAGGUCCCAAAGGAGAAAGAGGUGAAAAAGGAGCUAUGGGAGAGCCAGGACCCCGAGGGCCAUAUGGUCUUCCCGGUUUCCCUGGUCCACGAGGCGAGAAGGGUGAUCUAGGAGAAAAGGGGGAAAAGGUGACCUCUCCAGCCUAG